UUUGUUCGCGUUUGACGAAGGGCUACUUAAAUCAGCACGAAGCAGAUACAUUUAGAAAAUAACUUGCAUUCGUUUAUCAGCAAUUCUUCACUUGUGUUGUGGUUUCGGCUAUAAAAUUGUGUUUAAUAAGCUAACUAUGGUCAACCUUUAUCCUCGGAAAAGAGAGGUUUCUUUUUGUCUGCUCCACCGGCUAGCUUGUUAGCACGGAAGCCGAGAACGGAGCCACCUGUCCCCCUCAAGGUAGCUAGGCUGUAGCUUGUUUAUGGCCCACAAUUUAAAACUGCAACAACAAAACUGCUUUUCACAUAAAUGCCCGAACGCGGACCAAGCAUGAAUGGCUUUAAUCUCAGCGAACUAUGUUGGCUCUUCUGUUGUCCGCCUUGUCCCAGUCGCAUCGCGGCCAAACUAGCCUUCCUUCCCCCGGAACCUACGUACUCUGUGCAUACGGACGGUAAUGGAGUUCCUAGCUUACAUUUAAGCGAACGGGCGGACUGGCAGUACUCCCAGCGGGAGCUGGAUGUCGUGGAGGUGUUCAGCACCAGGAGCAGCCGGGGUAACCGGGUGGGCUGCAUGUUCGUGCGCAGUGCUCCCAACGGCCGCUACACCCUCCUGUUUUCCCACGGCAACGCCGUGGAUUUGGGACAGAUGUGCAGUUUUUACAUCGGCCUCGGCUCCAGAAUCAACUGCAACAUCUUUUCAUACGACUACUCGGGCUACGGAGUCAGCACCGGAAAGCCCUCUGAGAGCAAUCUAUAUGCGGACAUCGAGGCGGCCUGGCAGGUCUUGACGAACAAAUAUGGUGUAUCGCCUGAGAACAUCAUCCUAUAUGGUCAGAGCAUUGGCACCGUGCCCACCAUCGAUUUGGCCGCUCGCCAUGAAUGUGCCGCUGUCAUCCUGCAUUCGCCACUCAUGUCGGGACUACGAGUCGCAUUCCCCGCCACGCGUAAAACCUACUGUUUCGAUGCUUUCCCCAGUAUUGACAAGGUGUCCAAGGUGACAUCUCCCGUGCUGGUGAUCCACGGCACAGAGGAUGAAGUCAUUGAUUUCUCCCAUGGCUUAGCCAUGUUUGAGCGCUGCCCCCGUGCCGUGGAGCCCCUCUGGGUGGAGGGAGCAGGCCACAAUGACAUUGAACUCUAUGCACAGUAUCUGGAGAGGCUCAAACGCUUCAUUUCCUUUGAGCUUCCCACAUCCUGAGUCAGGGUUCAAGUCCCCCGCCUUUUCUUGAGCAAGCACGGACAGCACUGGAGUCAACACAUGUCUGUCCUUGGAGACAGUUGGUGGCAGGAAUGGAAGGUGUCCUGGAAGAGGAGAUUGGUAAAGUGCAAGUCAGGCGUGCAACUUUGCCGCUGCUCGUACACAUGGACCCAAUUUGACACGCGGCCCUAAGGCCUCGACAGCAGCUGCUUCUCAAUCCAAAGUCAUUUCCUUAGUUCCUUUCCUUGGUCCUCAUGUUCCGUGUCCAACUAAGAACUUCAUCCUCUGCUUCUUCUCAGUGUUGCAUCCCUGCCCGACCAAGCUGGAGUUUUCUAUUCUUUUGUACUCAACAAGAAGAAUCCAUUUUGCAACGUUGUCCUUUCUUUUUUGAAGUUACUCUUCAGGGUUAAUCAAACACUUGAAUUGUGCAUCUACUUUCAGGUUUGUAUUAUUUGUACAGCAGUAGAGUUUUAUCUUUUAGCAUUCCUGUUUUUAUUUCUUCAGUGGAUAUGUUUUUGAGAUGGUUCAAUCAGAAUGAUGCUGCGACAUAUCUCAACUUUACAACUGUGAUUUUUUAUUAUUUUUUUUAGCCCUUGAUGACUGCUGCUCUUUGAAGACGGUGCAUACAGUCGGUGAUCAAUAUUAAAUAAGUCAACUUACCUCAACAAAACUAGUAGGACUCAAAAUGUGCUCAUAGAGGGAAUGAAAAUAUUGCCUGUGCUGCUGAAAAGCCAAGCUUGACUGCUUGCUACCUUUCCCUUACUAAAUCGCAAUUCCAGGUCCAUGUCACUUUUUUGAGCAUGUACCACGUUUAACCUUCACUUUACGAUCCAAAUCGAGCCUUACAGUGACUCUAGCAGUCAUUAGGCAGACUUAUACCUGCUGCUAUUUUGCUUUGAGUAAGCAAUAGGGGUGUAAUGGUACGCAGUUGUCAAGGGUCGGUACGUACCUCGGUCUUAAGGUGACAGUUGAGUUCACUUUUGCACACAAAAUGCAAAACAUAAAAUGGCUUAGAUUGGUUGUAAAACCGCUUUAAUGAUUUUUUAAAACUGCAAGCGGGGAUUUCUCCCAUAAAUAAAAUCUUGUGAAAUGAUUUGUGACAACACGGUAGAUCCCCGCUAGUCACAGAAGUCGUGUUCUUCCCGCAAAUGGCGAAAAACCUAAUUGAGACAUUCAUAAAAAUGUCUAUCCUGACACUCGUACACAAAUCAACAGAGCUUAUUAAACCAAAACACCACAGCGCAAUCAAAAAUAAAAUUAGGAACACACAAUGUGACUGCACCACACAGGGCCUGUAUUGAAAUAACAAUUACACACUAAUAUACUGUACAUGCAAAACUGUAACAUGUUACCCAGCAUACCUUGCGGGUUAUAAAUUAUUGUAUUGCUUGUAUAUUAGUUUGUAAGCGUCUAGACCAGCAUAGCCUGUGUGGUACAGUUACACUGUGUGUUACACACGUACUAUUUUUGGUUGCACCGUGACUGUGGAAGGCAUUCGGGGUGAUAAGCUCUUAUUGGUUUGUGAUGUGUAAAAGUGCAAAUAUGAAAAUGAUUCACUGCAUAUGAAGAACACCUCCUAAGCAAGUUGAAGUUUUCGUACGACUACCUCCUGUGUGACUCCAAAAUCCAAAUGCUGAAACCACUGUACUAACAUUUUCAUGUUCUACGACUGCCACUGUUUUCUAGUCCAAUUUUGACUUCUCAUUUUACCACUUUAUUCUUUUAAAAUUUUAAGCUUUUCCUAUAAAAUUGUGACUUUUUCUCAAAAGAUCACAGCUGUCAUCUCUUAAAAUUGAAAACGCUUAUUUGAUGCAAAAUCCAGAUUUUUUUCUUAAUAUUGUGACUUCUUUAGUCUUGUACAAUUCUAAAAUAAAAACACGUUUUUUUUAAGUAAAGUGCAAGUGUAACAGUAAGGGUUUGAAGAGUGUGAAUGAUUAUUUUAUUUGUAGUAAAGUAUAGUAUAGUCCCAGCUUGUAGCCCCGCCCCCAUCUCUACUGAACCAUGUCUUUGUCCCUUUUACAUAUUUAGGCCAAGGGUUCCCAAAACGAAUGAACAGUCUUUUCAAGGUCUGUCUUCUACUUGGCAUUACUGCCAGCCAUGACUCCCGCCAGCCAAUGGCUGGACUGCACUGUAUUUGUUUACACAGUAGACGCCAUAAACACUUCCUGUCUUUCACUUAUCAUGUGUACCGCGUGGAAAUUGAAGGUAUCGCGCCGAAAAACGCAAUUCCGAACACCUGUACCGUUACACCCCUAGUUACCAAUCAGUCAAUCACUGUGAAAGCUGGGAAAAAGACAGAAACCAUUGUAAAGUGUCCCUGUAAGCUUCCUGACCGUCCUUAAAGACAACCAUCUUGCAAUACUUUCCUCCAAAAGUCUUGCUUACUGAGCCGCUGUGGAAGCUUUUCCAGGCUGAAACUCCAAAGAUGUGGAAGUAACACUAUUGAGAGGAAGAUGAACAAUGAGGACAGAAGAAACACAGCAGUAACUUCUUGUCCUGGUGGCUGUUUUUACAGCAUUUCUCGCUGCACAACACUAUGAAGUCGAACAAUGAAGUCAAAAUGUCUGUGAUGAUGUAUAGUGUGAAAAAUAUCACGUCAUUGGAAGUGAUUUCUCAUAUGUAGGGAUGCACCCAUCCACAUUUCUUUCACUUCCGAUCCAGUCUCCAUACGGAAUACCUGAUACCAGGUGUUAUCAGAAAUUUCCGAUAUGUAAAAUUAUGCUGGUAUAGGAACCCAAUAUUGAUACUGGAUGGGAUCUGCCCCAUCCUUCAAUAUAUUAGUCUUAACUUUGCUGUAUUUGCUUGAAUUGAAAGGAUUUGAUGGCACCCUGUUAGUAGUAAGUGUUGUUUUGAUAGUUUUAGAUUUGAAAUGUUGCUAGGUUGACACUGUAGCAGUAAAGCCACACUUGAUUGUUUUGUGUACCAUCCUGACAUAGUCUGACACUGGAAUCAGCAUUAUGCAAAUAUUAAGCAACUGGAAGGAGAAUGCAAUAUGCCUUAAACAGAUGCUUUUGUAAUUGUUGCAAAACAAGCAACACAAUGUGUCUUUUAACACUUAAAAUUGA